GGGUUAAAAGGUAGGACGGAUUUUCUGCAAUAUAAUCCACCAGUCAGCACGGUAUACUACAUUUCAUUAUAGAUAAAUCUGUAGCUAACAGUUUAGAAAAAUCUGUAAACAGAAAGUACAUAAAGAGGAUACAACAAUGGAUAAAACAAUGUCAGAGGAAAAUCAUAACGAGGCAGCGGAAGGCAAGGUAUCCGUUCUUGAAGAUGAAAACGGGGAACAGUUUAAAGUUGUUACAUUAGAAGAGAUUGUAAUGCCAGUUACAAUACUGCAUAAAGGGCUUAACACGCGACUUUCCUAUGUAAAGAAUUUUCCGUAUCAAGACGGGGAUGUGCUUGUCAGUAGCUAUCCGAAAACAGGAACACAUUGGACAGCAAAUCUUUUACAUUACCUUAUGUAUGAUGGCCCACUGGACACACUGGUGUCACAUCCACCUUGCCUUCUAGAUGCCUUCAGUUAUGGGGAUUGGCCACAGAAACGGGAUGGAAAUAGAAUAAUAGUGUCACAUUUUCCGCCAAAACGAUUACCAGCCGAACAUUUUGAAAAAGGCGGGAAAACAAUUGUUGUGUUCAGAAACCCAAAAGAUACAGCGGUGUCAAUGUUUCAUCAAUUACAGAGGUUCAAGAAGUUCGGCGAGUUCAAGUUAUCUUGGAACAGUUACAUUAAUUAUUGGAUGGAUGGCAAAAUGCCGUAUGGGUCAUAUUUUGACUACUACAACAACUGGCAACAGCAGAUCAAGGAGAAACCUGAACAAAAUGUUUUAGUUGUACAAUAUGAAGACUUAAAAAGGGACAGCUUGAAUCAGCUUCGGAGGAUUCAGAAUUAUCUUGGACUAAAUCAUUCGGACGAACGACUUCAAGCUGUGCUGGACAAAUGUUCACUUGGAAACCUAAGGGCAGAAGUAGAAAAUGGUAAAGUCAAAACACCACUGAUUGAUGAAAAAGGAAAGUCAAUUCUCUACAGAAAAGGAGUAAUCGGAGACUGGAAGAACAAUUUCACUGUUGCACAAAACGAAAAGAUAGAGGAACUUGUUGAAGAGAAGUUUAAGGACAGUAUGUUCAGUUAUAAUGUUUGGAACUGCUAACAAGGCAAAAGCCUGUGCUGAAAACCAAGUAUGUUCAUUAAUAAGUCAGUGGACUGCUUUUACUAGAGUAAAGCAUUUGUUACAAGUAUGUAUGUUGAAUUUCAAAGCAUGCAAAUUGCUAGCAUGUCGUGAACUUGAAAGUGAUAAAGAAGACGGUGGUGAUUAAGCAUUCUUGUCCUGGCAUUGCCGGAUGUCGUUUAAAACUUUACAUUAAAAUCAAAGGAAUAAAAAGUAUAGAUAGAAUGUGGGGUGUACAUAUUAAAUAGUUCAUAUUAAAUGGUUUUAGUGUCUGCUCGGUAUAAAUGUCGUCAAUAUUUCUCGUAAGAAAGUUUGAAUUUUGUAGUUCUGCACAGUAUGUUCGCAAAUCAUGAAUGUUCAUAGUACCUUGGUACUUUGGCCGUUAGAGAUCUGAUGAUAUAAUGCAGUUCCGCCAAAUUAUAUACACAUUUAUAUCGGCUGAGAGUUUGGUAUCAUAUUUUAACAGUUACAAACCAGUAGUCGAGGAUAUUGAUUUGUGUUAUUGUGAAACAAAAUGUGUUAUUGUACAAGGUUGUUUUACAUUGAAAUAAAAUUGAUGAGGAAUUGG